GCAGGUGCUGUAUUCAGGAAGAAUAAGUUUUGGUUGCCCUUAAAAUCCCCAGCAACACCAACUGGUGGUUUAUUAGGAAGAGAUAAAUUACAGUACAGAAAUAAGAUGGCUGCAUUAGUUCGAAUUAAACGCCGAUUUACUGAAGAGCCAACAGAUAGUAUUGUUGUGAAACCUAAACGUUUGAGGGUUGAGGGUGCAGCUGCUGCUGAUCUAAAAGAUGUCUCUCCAGCUAUUUUAGAAAGAAUUGCAACAGUGAAUUCAAAGGAUGAUGAACUGAAGCCAGAAUUAUUGCAGGCAUUUGAAAGGAAAUAUAGGAAUAACAAACUGGAGUUACAAGAGAAUUUCAAAAAAUUAGGUAAUGUUGAAGGAUUCAGAGAUGUUGCCAAGCGUGAAGCCAAAGAAAGAACAAAGAAAAAUAGGUACAUGAUUGUUGAUGCUUUCCGAGGACAUAUAAAUGACACAGAGCCUGAAGGAAUUGAAGGCCAGCCUAAAGUGAAACAGGAUAAGAAGAAAGACUUGCAGGAAUCUGAUGGCAAUGGAGAGAUGAAUAGCGCUCAGUCUACUAUUAAAGUAAAAUAUUUUGAUGCAGAGCUUCAAGCUGAAGAUGUGGAAGAUGUGAUAACAUGUAAUGGUGUCCCUUUGGAGUCGGAGAAGUAUGUGUAUGACAUCUUUUAUUCACCAAUGGAUAUAGGUUGGACAGAAUAUAUUUGUGAUGUUCAGAAAUAUGAUAAUGAGCUUUCUGAUGACGGUCCGGAAUUAAGCGAUGGUUAUGAUGAUGAGGAUGAUGAAAAUGAAGAAAGCAAUUGGAGAAAUGACUAUCCUGAAGAAGAGGAGUCUCCUUAUGAAGAUGAAGAUGACUACCUGUGUAAACAGUUACAAAGACUACACACAAAACAUAGUGAUUCGGAUGAAAGCUUUGAUGCUGAUGAAUAUGCUGAUGGAGACUUCGAUGAGGACGGAAAUUAUGUUUAUUAAGAAUGUGUUGCAAUAUACACUUAGAAAGUACGUACAUACAGUAUCGGGCAGUAAAGACAGUUGAAAAAAUUUAUGAAUACAGCCUCUCCUUACUUAACGACAGAGUUCCGUUCCUGAGACCACAUUGGUAAACAAAUUCAUCGCUAAGUGAGGAGCAUGCUAUAAUGGUAGUGGGUUUGUGUCAACUGUCUUUGAUAUUAUUUUAAUGUCACCUUUGGACCAUUUAUAACAUUUCUGGUAUAUUUUUAAAUGUUUAUACAGUAGUGUACUGUAUAUUGUAAUAAACAGAAUAGAGGAAAUCAGCUCUAAUAUAUACAUUUGGGUAUGCAUACUGGUCAGGGAGCCCGUCGUAAGUCCAAAUCAUUGGUAAGCAAGUACGUCGCUAAGUGAGGAGAGGCUGUAUUGCGGAGAUUAAUUUACGUUGGCUAAACAUGUACUAGUUUUGUAAUUUUUUUAAUUAAAGAUUAUAAUUUUUAACACACCUGUCUUUCACCAAGGUAGAGUGAUCAUAAAACACAAUCAUUUAUUCAGUAGUUGCCAGAAGCACAGACAUCACAAUUCAAAUGACCCUCCAAAUUGCAAUAUCUACCCCUUCAGUGUGUAGGCACACACUACUUCCCACCAUUUUCCCCUGAAUACCUUUAUAAAUGUUACCUUACUCAUACUCCAGUAGCACGUCAAACCAUAAAAACCACUUGUCUCCACUCGAUCAGAAAUUCUCACAUGAGCCUGCUGGAUACUCAAGCCCCUAACCUCUCAAAACUAUCUUUGCCAUCCUCCCUCUAACCCUUCCUGAGAUGGCUCCUACCCAUUCUUCCUUACACCCCAGCUUUAUACAGCCUCUUGAUUAUCCUAUUCUGCACCAAAUACCCUUACAACCUCAACAAUUAUUGAGUAUAUAUAUGUCUGAAACACUGGCUCAUAAGACAUAUAUAUACGGACAAAACAGUCAAAGGGUUAAUAUAUCAGGUAUACAGACAUCCACCCCUAAAUGUGAGUACAUUCACUUUUGUAGUACUUCCUGCAAUUUGAUAUCCAAACUUUCAUUGCCUAGAUUUUUUUGCUACUCUUACCACCUUAUUCUUUUCUAUAUUCACUUUUAAUUUUUUUUUCAUAUACAUACUCCCAGA